ACUAAAUAGUUCCGGCUCACUAACAGUUAAUUUCAGUCCAUGGCUCCAUCAUCACUUUCUGAUAUGAGGAUGAGGAAUCUUCUUGUGGGGGUUAUUCUUGGACUUCUCGCUGUUGUCCACACAACACCAACUGUUAAAACUGUGACCCAGAACCCUAUCAAAGCUGAGGAUGAAGUUCUCAAAGAGGCCAUAACGGACGGCUUCCUCGUCAAUAACUAUGUUCCCCCUUCACUGACAAAUGAAACAACCAAAACAGACACGGCCGAUCUCAAGUCCCAACAACCGUCCCCUGACUCCGAGGAUACUCCUGCGAGGGAGGUCAUCGAGGAGUCCGUGAACUCUGGGUACUUCCAGCAUGGAGAUGACAACUAUGCACACACAACUCAGAGCGUUUCACAUGCUCAGUCCAGAGAUGGAGGGAUGCUAGAAGAGCGUCCUGCUACGAGCUCUGGUGUGAUCACUAGUUUUAACACCGCAUCAUCAACCUCCACGGCUGCUCCACGGCUGUUUACAGACAGUGAGGGAUCAGGAUUAAGCGAAGAAACUAUCACUGCAACAUCUUCAUCGGCUGUUCUUUUUGGACGCAAAGCUCCACGACUGUUUGCAGACAGUGAGGGAUCAGGAUUAAGCAAAGAAACUAUCACUACAACAUCUUCAUCGGCUGUUCUUUUUGGACGCAAAUCUCCACGACUGUUUACAGACAGUGAGGGAUCAGGAUUAGGAUCAGUAUCAAGUGAUGAAACUAUCACUGCAACAUCUUCAUCGGCUGUUCUUCUUGGACGCAAAGCUCCACGACUGUUUGCAGACAGUGAGGGAUCAGGAUUAAGCAAAGAAACUACCACUGCAACAUCAACCUCCACAGCUGCUCCACAGCUGUUUACAGAAAGUGAGGGAUCAGGAUUAAGCGAAGAAACUAUCACUGCAACAUCUUCACCGGAUGUUCUUCUUGGACGCAAAGCUCCACGACUGUUUGCAGGAGGUCAAGGAUCAGAAUCAAGAUCAGGAUCAAGUGAUGAAACUACCACUGCAACCUCAACCUCCACGGCUGCUCCACGGCUGUUUACAGAAAGUGAGGGAUCAGGAUUAAGCAAAGAAACUAUGACUGAAACAUCUUCAUCAGAUGUUCUUUUUGGACGCAAUGCUCCACGACUGUUUGCUGGAGGUCAAGGAUCAGAAUCAAGAUCAGGAUCAAGUGAUGAUCACAACACGGAGGAAUCUGUCAAUCCUGCGUCACCCCAGAACAAAGCACACAGUACAGCAGCUCCAGGUUGGAUCAUCAUCCUUGGUUUUAUUGUUGGUGUUGCAGCACUGGUGAUGCUCUGCGUUGCCAUCGCUACCAGAGAAAAGUGGAAUGGACCAAAACAGGCAUCCCAGCCAGAGACCAGAACUGGCUCUUCAAACCAGCAGAGGGAGCUAGAGAUGGAGACAUUCCUGCACAAAGACAAGCCCAUAGAAAAUGGAAAGGCUGCAGAGUACACUGUCAUCCCUCUGGACGAGCUUCCAGAGAAUUAUUCAUCACACUGAGGCUCAGAGACAGACCCUUUGGAGGCUUGAGACUCAUCACAGAACCACAAGGCCGUGUUUGGAGUAGAUGAAUUUGAUCAGAGGAAAAUUUCUUCCAGGGCUGUUGAGCAUGAGGUUUCUGUGGACCUUUACAGCUCUGAGCCCCUUCAGGACAAGACUUACGGUCUGGUUUUCCCUGCCUUCAAAAGCUCUUACCACACCUUCACUUUGAAACUACAGCAAUUCUUUGGUUGGUGUACAGGUAUUUAUUUCCAUGCCAACUCUCAUUAACCGUAAAAUGUAAAACUGGUUGGGUAAGAUGCACAAAUGCCAUUUAUUUCAAAUACAACUAAGACAUUUUUUUACAGUGUGUUAUUUCCUGGUUUGUCAUUGUAAAUAAUUUAUGUUUUUUUUUCUUUCUUUUUUUUAAACUCAGACACAAGAAAAUGAUUCAGUCCAGUCUUUUUCUCAGUGUUUUUGUUGUAAUAUAAUUUAAAUCUCUUUAAUAAUGUUAUUGAAGACUGUAACUUAUAUUAAGCCGCUCUUUUCCCCCACUUUUUUUAUGGAAGCCCUCUGACUCACGGGCUUCUCUUGACAACGUACACAGCACUUUGGCUGUUUGAAUGCAUUUAUUGAAUGCUCUUAUGCUGUAUCACGUCUGCCCUAAUCUGAGAAAUAAACACAACGGCAGCUCAUCAAUAAACAUUUAUUUGUUUCCAUUAAUAUUUAAACACAAGUAUUAAAACAUUUACACACUUUCAGUCCAUUUGCCUGACAAAUAUUUUGUGCUCUAUUAUGUGGUUACAAGUGCAUUCAAUCCUGCCUGCAUUUAGUCAGUCAGAGUCAAAAGGAGGUCUGCAUUACAAUGAAUGUCAGACACAAGAAAAAAUGCUG